GAGGCUUUUAAACAAUGAGGAAAGGAAUAUAAAGACCCCUGGGCAACAGCCGAUCCAUAGCCCAGUCCCGGAGAGAACUGCAAAGCAUCUGCAUGCAGCAGCACUCAGACCGAGCUGCGUGCUGCAAGGGACAGAAGAGCAUGGAGAGUUCACCGCUCUGCCUCUGCAGCUCUCCUCCACUUGGAGCUCGGAACUCCCGGGUCUGCAGCAAAGCAGCACAACAACGGUCCGAAGGAUUCUGGAGACCUUGGAUGCCCACCUUAAAAGAGGCAGAAAUACAACGCAAGCAAAACUACAGCGCGUUGUGCAACCCUCUUGAGACUACAGAAGAUUCUGCAAAACUCACACAGUAUACACACCCAGUCAGGUUAUUCUGGCCUAAAUCAAGGUGCUUUGACUACUUGUAUCAAGAAGCUGAAGCACUUCUGAGGAACUUUCCUGUUCAAGCCACAAUUUCCUUUUAUGAAGAUUCAGAGAGUGAGGACGACACUGAUGAACUGGAGCAAGAUUCAGGAACAGAACUGGAUCUAUAGUUGUACUGAGUGCUAAUACCACUGUUUGUACUUAUUAAUUUAAUAUGAAUAUCCACAUGCUAUCAUAGCAUUUUAAUCUAAUUUAUAUGUAAGUUAUUCUUAAUUAAAUAAUAGAUAUCUAUCAUAUAUAUAUAUGGCAGUAUAUGAAUAUGAUAAAUAAAAUCUUGAAGUAUUUUGUAUUUUUA